UGUGAAAUCAUACAGUUUUAAAAUCAGUCAUUUCUGAUGUUCUUGGUGGGGAAGUGUUAGGCUGCUGCACCGCCGUCUAAGCAUGGCGUUGCAAGCACGUCUCUCUGGCUAAGCGUCUUACUUUCAUUUCGAAAGAUCCGUGAAAAAAGGGAACAUGGAACUACCAUCUUGUAUUGUGGAGGAGUUGAAGGACUUUAUAGUAGACGGAGAUCCAUCCACCAUUUAUUACAUCCCAGAUUUCAUAACUGAAGAAGAGGAGUCGUUCCUCCUCCAGCAGGUCUAUAGGAGUCCCAAGCCGAAGUGGACUCAGUUGUCAGGGAGGCGUCUCCAGAACUGGGGUGGGUUACCACACCCUAAAGGCAUGGUGGCAGAGAAGAUCCCUGACUGGCUACAGACCUACUGCGAGAAAAUCUCCCUUUUGGGUGCGUUCGGUGGGAAGCCAGCGAAUCAUGUGCUGGUGAAUGAGUACAAACAAGGAGAGGGGAUAAUGCCACAUGAGGACGGGCCCCUGUACCACCCCACGGUCACCACCAUCAGCCUGGGAUCGCACACGCUACUGGACUUCUAUAGGCCGUUAAGUAGUGUGGAAACAGAUGGUCCACUUUCUGAGGAAGAGCGCUUCCUGUUCUCCUUAUUGGUGAGGCCGCGCAGUCUCCUCAUCCUGCAGGACGACGCGUACCAGCACAUGCUUCAUGGAAUCAGAGCCUGCGAGGAAGACACGCUGUCUGAUAGGGUGCUGAACUUGUCUGCUGCCGGAGGACUGAUCGGGGAGACCCUAAGUCGAGGAACCAGAGUGUCACUCACCAUCCGUCAUGUGCCUAAAGUCAUGAAGACGAAACUUUUCCUGGGACGGAAGUAGACUCUGAACUGAAUGAAUUUCAUUGCUGCACAGUAUGCUUUCAUGGAAAAUACACUGACUUCAUUCCUAGCUUCCUAGUCUUCCCCUUGAUCUCAGAUGCAGGAAAGGCUGAGCCACAAAAGCACCUUGUAUCCUACAAUAAGGAGUAAAAAACCAGCGCGUCCAAGCGUAGCUUUAUGACAUAUAGUUGGUGUGUGUUUUUCUUUAAGCAAUUACUAUGUAUUUAUUGUUUAUUAUUAUAUUCACGCAUAAUAAACUGAGGUAGACCGGUG